AGUCUGUGGCAAUGUAAAACUUGGCGGCAAUCUUCUUUCGGUACAUGGACUUUAAUUAAACAUUUUGGAUUACAAAAGAAAGCUGCAGACACAACAAGUUGUAAAUGGCAUAAACUAUCGUGGUCAAGCCCUUGUUACAUCUGAUCAAGAUGCUCAUAAUUGCUCAUGCGGUGUAACAAAAUAAGGGUAAUUUCGUUGUUGGGUUUUCUUGUCAUAGUGUUGGUAUCUCUUAACGUUUUCCUGUUGAGUACACUGAACAGCUUCAGUGAGGAGAGAUACCUCAUCAGAUUGAAGAAUCUUCUUGAAAAAGAGCCGGAUUUCAAACAACUUCCAACAGAUUCCUCAGACCAGUACAAAAUAGAUGUCAACUUUCUUUUGGCAAAGACUGAACUAUUGAAAGAAGAACUGGAUGUAACAUUAGUAACUCAUUGUACUUCAAAUCACCUUCAUUAUUUACUUGACCUCACUGAGCACUGGAGAGGCCCAAUAUCAUUAGCUGUGUUUAUACCUGGCUAUGAUGUAGUUACAUCAUUUACCUCUCUACUUGGCCUCUAUGAGUGUCAUGAAGCAUUCAGAGAUCGCGUGACAAUACAUUUGGUGUACCCAUUGUCACAUCCUCCUGCAGAAAAUACCCUUCAGCCUUAUUGGAAACAAGCACUCAAUCAGCAAGGAACCUGUCAGGAAUUUUUAGCAAGACUCAAGAGCAAUGUGAUAGCUGGAGAGUACGGCAGGAAUUAUGCCAAUUUCAAAGUGCCAUAUCCAAAUAAUCUGUUGAGAAAUGUUGGACGCUCAAUUUUACCUUCAGAGUCCUAUGUAUUUGUGGUUGACGUGGACAUGAUGUGUAAUGGCAAUCUUUAUUUCAGUUUCCUUGACUAUGCCCAACACAUAAACCUCAUUGCAAACAAAGGUAAAAGGGUGUUUGUGGUAGCUUCUUUUGAAAGUGUCAGAAAGCUUUCACCAUCACUAACAAAGAAAGAGCUAAUUGCUCUGUGGGAUUCUGGCAGCGUCCAGCCAUUUUACUAUCAAACAUGCUGGAAGUGCCAGAAGCAUUUAGAUUAUGAUGCAUGGAAAAGCUAUCACUCCUCAGACAACAAUUUGCAGAUAGCUUAUUCUGUUGAUUGGAAGGAUCCAUGGGAACCAUUUUACAUUGCACCUAAUCAUGUUCCUCUUUAUGAUGAGAGAUUCAAGCAGUAUGGUUUUAAUAGGAUCAGUCAAGUCUGUGAGACUCACACUGCCGGCUAUGACUUUGUGGUCCUCAACAAUGCUUUCCUUAUUCAUCAUGGUUUCAAAAUAAGAGAAGGAUUUCAUUCUGCCAAGGAUGAAGAAAAUAACCGUAACAGAGAACUUUUUAGGACAUUUAAACAGGAACUCAAGUUGAAAUAUCCACAGUCAACAAGUCACUGUUGACAGAAAAUGUACCACGUAAACUGAUUUCAUGCAAAUACCAAAUACCAAAUAUUUAUCAAUAGCACUUAACUUUUUGCUAUCUCAUUAAGAGAAAAGAUGAAUUUUUCAAAGCCUGGAUAUCAAAGAGAGCAUAGUGUAAUUAUAUUUGCUCUGACAAAGGGCUGAUGCUAGAAACUUCAGCUAAGAAACUCUUUAUGGUGGCCAAUUAACAGUAUCAACUCAGAAGAUAAAACCAAAUUAUGUUACAGUGAUUGUUUGAUAGAAAUGUUGCAUUUUUAUCUUCAACAAUAACUUUUCUUAGUAAAAAAUCAUGGAACUAUUACACUUACUGGAAAGUGAUUAAGGAGGUUAAAAUUAAUUUUUCCAUUUUUUUCCUAUUAAGAGAAAAGAGGAUUUAUGUUUUAUGCCAGAGAUAUGGGAUAGCAUAGUGUUAUGACAGAUUGUCAGCAAGUUAACACUUAAAUAUAAAACACCUUAGCAAGUGUUUAAGGGCUUGAAAUUUCCUCAUUUUUGUUUUCCUCAAGGGUCUCUAUUCAAAAUUUACAGAUUGUAUUAUGAAAAAUAUUAAUGCAGUACUUAUUUCUCUAAGGGAUUCAUCAGUAAUUAAAUAUCUUUAGUUGACUGCAAAUUAAUUCGUGACAGAAGUAAUUUUUUCAUAACCAAGUCUAUGUCUGUGUACCAAGUGAUUGAGGUGUCCAACAAAUAAGUUUCAGUUGUUAAUACUUCAUGUCUAAUGGAAGAGUCAAAAAUUGUAUUUAAUUUUCAGUAAUACCAUGUAAAUAUGUACAAAAUCUAUCUGAAAUAACUUUUAAAUAUAAUACAAUAAAUAGAAUACAGCUUAGUUGGUCAGUUUUGAAAUAAAUUAAUUUUCCAUCAA